GUGACGGAAAAGCGAAGAAGAUAGAGAACUCGUUUUUAUUACCGUACCUGAGUCCCAGAUAGAGAAAAGGAAAAACUCUUCCCGGCGCGACGGAGCUGUGGCGGAGGGGAAAACUCUUCCCGGCGCAGCAUUGAGGGGGUGCGUUGUCUGUAGAGUGGUAAAGACAGACAGAGAGAGAUGUUGUUUCAGGUGGGAGGACAAGGGACGCGUCCCACGUUCUUCGAGAUGUCCGCUGCUCAGCAGCUCCCGUCAAGCCUACGUGCCGCCCUAACUUACUCAUUUGGUGUAUUGGCUUUGAGACGACCCUUCAUUCAUAAAAUCUUAGACUAUGAAGAUGAAUUCUUUGCUUUGCUUAUGCUAGUUCUGGAAACUCAUAGUUUACGUACCACAGAUGCUUCUUUUGCGGAAUCAUUAUAUGGCCUGCGCAGAAGAGGAGUUAGGUUAAGACUGAAGAAGAAUUCUAAACUUACAGACUCUGGUGAUGAAAUUCAUCACACUGGGUUAGAGAAGCGCCAAAAAGUUCUCUCAGUUGUAUUUCUGGUGAAUAAUAUGGAUACUUCUUCCAGAAUUUCUAAGAUAAGAAGCCGUGAGCGUGAGAGACUUCGUGGGCCCCCUUGGCUAAAGGCAUUGCAAGGUGGAUUGCUCAGAUGUGCAUAUGCAGUUCUUGACUAUGCUCAGACAGGUCUAAUUGCUGCAGUUUUCUUCUUUAAAAUGAUGGAGUGGUGGUACCAAUCUGCGGAAGAAAGAAUGUCUGCUCCGACUAUCUAUCCCCCACCACCUCCUCCUCCACCCCCAAAGGUGAUUUAUUUCACUUAUGCAUAAAAAUUUAGGGAUGUU